CAAGAAGGCUAUCUGCAUAAACCAAAGCAACAAAACAAUCAAUGGGGUCUCCAAUGGCCUCUUUAGUAGCAACUUUGCUUGUCUUGACAAUCUCUCUCACCUUUGUAUCUCAAUCAACCGCUAACUACUUCUACUCUUCUCCUCCACCUCCGGUUAAACACUACCAAUACAAAUCUCCACCUCCUCCUGUUAAGCAUUACUCUCCCCCUCCAGUUUACCAUUCUCCACCACCACCUAAAAAACACUACGAAUACAAAUCCCCUCCUCCUCCGGUCAAGCAUUAUUCUCCACCACCGGUUUAUCACUCUCCACCACCACCAAAAAAGCACUACGAGUACAAAUCCCCUCCUCCUCCGGUUAAGCACUACUCUCCACCACCGGUUUACCAUUCUCCACCACCACCAAAGAAGCACUAUGUGUACAAAUCCCCUCCUCCUCCGGUUAAACACUAUUCUCCUCCUCCUGUUUACCAUUCUCCACCACCACCCAAGAAGCACUAUGUGUACAAAUCUCCACCCCCACCUGUUAUGCACUACUCUCCCCCACCAGUCUACCAUUCACCACCACCACCCAAAAAACAUUACGUAUACAAAUCUCCUCCUCCUCCGGUUAAACACUACUCACCACCUCCAGUUUACCAUUCCCCACCCCCACCUAAAAAGCAUUAUGUCUACAAAUCUCCUCCACCACCGGUUAAACACUACUCUCCUCCCCCGGUUUACCACUCUCCACCACCACCAAAGAAACACUACGUGUACAAAUCACCUCCUCCUCCAGUUAAGCACUAUUCUCCACCUCCAGUUUACCACUCUCCACCACCACCAAAGAAACACUACGUGUACAAAUCCCCUCCUCCCCCGGUUAAGCACUACUCCCCUCCUCCAGUUUACCAUUCCCCACCCCCACCAAAGAAACACUACGUCUACAAAUCUCCUCCUCCUCCAGUGAAACACUACUCUCCCCCUCCGGUUUACCAUUCCCCACCACCACCAAAGAAACAUUACGUGUACAAAUCCCCUCCUCCUCCAGUUAAACACUAUUCCCCACCACCGGUUUACCAUUCUCCACCACCACCAAAGAAGCACUACGUCUACAAAUCCCCUCCUCCUCCGGUUAAGCACUACUCUCCUCCUCCGGUUUAUCAUUCCCCACCACCACCUAAGAAAAAGUACGUAUAUAAGUCACCUCCUCCUCCAGUCCACCACUACUCUCCCCCACACCAUCCUUACCUCUACAAAUCUCCUCCUCCUCCAUACCACUAUUAGAAUUCUCUGUCACGGUGAGAACACGAUGUGCACAAGAAGACAAAGACAAGAUGGAAACCGUUAUUGGUGAUUGUAAUAAGAGAAACCUAGACUGAACUAGAGAAUCGAAGCAUUGAAAGCUUUCUCAUCUUUUCCAACGUAUUUUUAAAGUUUUAUUGCAAUAAAUUUGAAAUAUGUGUGUGUUGAUCAACUAAUGGUCAUAUCAAUAUGCACGUAAUCAGUAUUCAUAUAAACGUUUGUAAGUUUACGCCUUGUUCCUUUCUGAUUAUUUUUCAUGUGCAAGUUUGCUUUGUCCAAUUAAUAUAAGUUUGUUUUUCUUCAA